AUGGCUGGCCACGGCAACGUGCUCACUCACUUCCGAGGAGCUGCCAUUCUAGCUCCGUGGGUUCUUUGGUUGCUUUUGGCAGAUACCGCCAUCUCACUCCAGCUCCCGCUGAAAUGGCUCGCUCCGGACUUCGUGUACAACUCCUCGUCACGGAUCGCCGAGACAGUUUGGUACUGGAUCCAGAUCAUCUUUGAAAGAUAUAAUGGCGCCAACAUUACAUUUUCCGGCGAUGCCCUUCCCCGCGGGGAGUCGGCUGUAGUAGUCGCCAACCACGUCGGAUGGGCGGACUUUUACAUGAUCCAAGCUCUCGCGAUCAAAGCCGAGAUGCUAGGCCGUUGCCGUUACUUUGCCAAGAUCCAGCUGCGGAUAGUUCCAUUUCUUGGUUGGGGUCUAUGGGCGAUGGGUAUGCCCAUGGUGAGUCGUAACUGGGCCAAAGACAAGCAUGAGCUUGACAGGGCAUUCUCGGGUAUCGUCAAUAGGCAGUGGCCGACCUGGCUCAUCAGCUUCAGCGAGGCCACUCGUUUCACACAGAAGAAGUAUGAGCAGUCAAUCGUCUGGUGCAAGGAGUCGGGUCGACCGCAGCCUAUGCAUUUGCUGUAUCCUAGGACGAAAGGAUUCAUUACCACCGUCCAACACCUCAGGAAGGCGGCCCACGUGAAGGCCGUGUACGAUGUGACGAUUGCGUAUCAGAGGGGAAAAGAUUUCCAUGCGGCGCCGACCAUGUGGGACACUUUGAGCGUGCCCGGGUUGAGCUCUCGACUUGGAUACAAGUUUCACGUCCAUGUUCGCAGGUUUCCCCUCGAGACUCUACCGACGGAUGACGAAAAGCUGGCAAAGUGGCUAGAGAAUCUCUGGGUAGAAAAGGGGGAAUGGCUGGAUGUGAAGAAGGCCGAGUGGGCUUCAAUGACUUGA